AGCUGAUCAGCUGAAGGUGAGCUAGUUAGUACUUAGCAUGGUGCGGUUUGUCAUGCUCGCGGUGUGCGCCGCCGUGCUUCUGCUCGCCGUGGCGGCGGGCGGCGCGGCGGCGCAGGGCGUGGGCUCGGUCAUCACGCGGCAGGUGUACGACACCAUGCUGCCCCACCGGGACGACUCCAUCUGCGAGGCCAAGGGGUUUUACACGUACGACGCCUUCAUCGCCGCCGCCAGCACCUUCCCGGAGUUCGGCACCACCGGCAGCGCAGACGACGUGAAACGCGAGCUCGCUGCCUUCUUCGGCCAGACCUCGCACGAGACCACCGGAGGACCCCAGUUCCAAUGGGGCUACUGCUUCAAGGACCAGAUAGACAAGACCAUGCUUGCACCCUAUUAUGGACGGGGACCGAUUCAAUUAACAGGGCAGUCCAACUACGAUCUCGCCGGCAAAGCGCUGAAAUUGGAUCUGGUAAACAACCCGAACCUGGUGUCCACGGACGCCGAGGUGUCCUUCAGAACGGCCAUGUGGUUCUGGAUGACGGCGCAGGACAACAAGCCGUCGUGCCACGACGUUGCCCUCCGCCGCUGGACGCCGACGGCCGCCGAUACCGCCGCUGCGCGGGUUCCCGGCUACGGAGUGAUCACCAACAUCAUCAACGGCAGGAUCGAUUGUGGCAAAGGCAUGAACCCUUCGAACGUCGACCGCAUCGGCUACUACACGCGCUAUUGCGGCAUACUCGGCACGGCCACCGGGGACAACCUCGACUGCUACACCCAGCAGAACUUCGCUACCUAGAAGAUGCUUGCUUGAUGUAGGCAGAUCCCGUUGCGGGCAGACUACAUGCUUAUGAAUAAGGUUUCCGCUUCAGUACACUUCCUUAAAUAGUCAAUGGUGGAGAUUUAAAAUCACCCCAUUAUUAUUAAAUAAAAGAGUAUUAUAGUCUAUUUCCUAUUUUUCUGAGA